AUGCAUUCCAGGUCUGUCCUUCGGACCCUCGCGGUGGCCGGGUUGUUAGGGUCGUCGCUGGCGGCCACCACCGAGGAAUGGAAGUUGCGGACCAUCUAUCAAACCAUGACCGAUCGGUUCGCGCGCACCGAUGGAUCCACCACAGCCCCCUGCAACACCACCGAGGGCUUGUACUGCGGUGGCACCUGGAAGGGCAUGAUCGACAAAUUGGAUUACAUCCAGGGGAUGGGCUUUGAUGCCGUGAUGAUCUCGCCGGUCAUCGAAAACAUCGACGGCCGCGUGUCGUACGGGGAAGCCUACCACGGCUACUGGCCCUUGGAUCUGUACUCCCUCAACUCGCAUUUCGGCACGCAUCAGGAUCUGCUGGAUCUGAGCGAUGCCCUGCAUGACCGCGGCAUGUAUCUCAUGAUGGACACGGUCCUCAACAACAUGGCCUACGUGACCAAUGGCUCGAACCCAGCCACGUCGAUUGACUAUUCCGUGCUCACACCGUUCAACAGCUCGUCGUACUAUCACUCCUACUGUAAGAUUUCGGACUGGAACAACUUCACCAACGCCCAGCUGUGCCAGACCGGCGACAACAUCGUGGCGCUGCCUGAUCUCUUCACCGAGCACAGUGACGUCCAGGAGACCCUGGAGAACUGGGCCAAGGACAUCAUGUCCACCUACUCGAUCGACGGCCUUCGCAUUGAUGCGGCCAAGCAUGUGACGCCCAGUUUUCUGAAGAAUUUCGAGAAUGCCGUGGGCAGCUUCAUGACCGGUGAGGUGAUGCAGCAGGAAGUCUCGACCAUCUGCGAGUACCAGAACAACUACAUUGGCAGUCUCCCCAACUAUCCGAUCUACUAUGCGUUGCUGCAGGCCUUUACCCUGGGCAACACGACGGCCUUGGCCACCCAGGUGCAGGCUAUGAAGAACGCGUGCCGCGAUGUGACGGCCCUGGCGUCGUUCUCGGAAAACCACGAUGUCGCGCGCUUUGCCGGCCUGACCAAGGACCUGGCGCUUGCGAAGAACGUGCUCACGUUCACCCUCUUGUUUGAUGGCGUGCCCAUCAUCUACCAGGGUCAGGAGCAGCAUCUCGAUGGCGGCUACUCGCCCGUCAACCGCGAGGCCAUCUGGCUGACCGAAUACAACACGGACGCCGACCUCUACAAGCUGAUCACCAAGCUGAACCUCAUCCGGAAGCACGCCGCCCGGCUGGACCCACACUACGUGGACGUCCAGACGACCACGGUGUUCGAGGGAGGCAGCGAACUGGGCUUCCGCAAGGGCGUCGAUGGCCGACAGGUGAUCAUGCUGUUGUCGUCGCAGGGCGCGAACGGCGGGUCCUACAACCUGUCGAUGCCGGUGAGUUUCACGGGCGGCACGGUGGCGACGGAGGUUCUCAACUGCGUCAACUACACGGUCAACGACCUGAGUGAACUGGUGGUCCCAAUGGACAAGGGCGAGCCGCGGGUGUUCUUCCCGGCGGAUCUGAUGCCGGGCAGUGGGCUGUGUGGCUUCCCCGUGUCGAACGUCUCAUACGCGACCCUGAAGACCAAGGCGGCCAGCAAGGCUGCGGCCGUGGCGGCGUCCGGAGGCAUCCCGACGACGGGGAAUGUGGCCUCUAGCGCCUUGUUCUCCCUGGGCGUGGCCGCAAUGGCGAGCCUGGUGCUGGGAGGGUUGUAA